UUUUAAUAGGAAACAAUAAACAAUUUGAUAUUGAGAUAAGAAUGGCUGCAUUGGACCUUUAAUAGAAGAAUCGCAAUUCAGGCUAAUGUUGUGUGCUGACAACCACCGACAACCUGGCUACAACAGGAGCGCUGCUGUCUCCUAUGCCAGCCACAAUGCAACAUUUUCUAUGAUCAUGGAUAGGUCAUGUGGAUAGACCACCAUGGCCAGUCCAGCYCCAGCAUGCUGCAAAACCCCUUCCAGUCCAGAGGGGGGAGCGGCGGAGACCCAAAAGACAAAGCGCUUCAUCACGGACAACUAUGAGCUAAGCAAGGAAGAGCUAGAUGGUCUCAUGAAGGAAGGAGAAGAAGAGCGUCCCUUCCUGGUGGUCCAUCAUCUGUUGGAUGUAAAAGAGGCAGGUGUGCCGGUAUUAUUGCCUGGGACCCAGGUCAUCUGCAGAGUGGACAGCACUGAGAGAUACACCACACGCUCCAAGGUCAGUGUGUGCUCUCUGUACACUGUGAAGCUGACCCAUGGCAAGUUCACCUGGACGGUCAAGAGGAAGUACAAGCACUUCCAGGAGCUGCAUCGUGACCUCUACAAGCACAAGAUGAUGGCUCACUUCCUGCCUCUGGGAAGAUUUGCAGCCCAGAGAGCGCAGCUGAGGGCUAUGACAGAGGAGAUGCCAAGUCUACACGGCACUGAGAGGAUGAGACAAACCUCCAGUAAACCGAAAUACCUUGAAAAAUAUCUAAAUGGCCUCCUGGAGAAUUCCUUUUGUAAGAACUUCCACGGCAUGCUGGAAUUCCUUGAUGUCAGUGCUCUCUCUUUUGUCAGUGAGCUUGGACCCAAAGGCCUGGAGGGUUCCAUCUUCAAAAGGUCAGGAGGUCAUCGUAUCCAGGGGCUGAACUGUAUUGGUCAUCACCAGUUCUGCUUCCGCUGGUCAAAGCGCUGGCUGGUGGUCAAGGACUCCUUCCUGCUCUAUAUGAACCGGGAAAAUGGGGUCGUCUGCUUUGUACUGGUCUUUGACCCAGAGUUCAAAGUUCAAGUGGGCCGUGCAUACACUGAUACCAAGUAUGGGGUCUGUAUUCAGAACUUCAACAGGAAUCUGGUCAUCAAGUGUAACAGCUACAGACAGGCUCACUGGUGGAGCCAUGAGAUCAACAGGCUGGCUGAGCCUUGUGAAUUCCUCCAGGUCCAACGCUUUGGGGGCUUUGCCCCACCACGGGAGAACACACUCACUAAAUGGUAUGUAAAUGGCAGUGGCUACUUUGCAGACCUGGCUGAUGCUCUGGAGCAGGCCAAGGAGGAGAUCUUCAUCACAGACUGGUGGCUCAGCCCAGAGGUUUUCCUGAAGAGGCCAGCUACAGGAACAUACUGGCGCUUGGACCAGAUCCUCAAACGCAAAGCAGAACAAGGUGUCAAAGUGUGUGUGCUCCUGUACAAGGAGGUGGAGAUGGCACUGGGUAUAAACAGUGGCCACAGCAAGAAGACACUGAUGGACAUGCACCCCAACAUCAAGGUGAUGCGACACCCCAACCACAUGUCUGCUGUGGUAUUUUUCUGGGCCCAUCAUGAGAAGAUGGUGGCCAUCGACCAAUCAGUGGCUUUCGUUGGAGGCUUGGACCUGGCCUUUGGGAGGUGGGACGACAGCCAGUACCGGUUGACUGAUACAGUUCCCACGGAGACAGCCAAUCACAUCUCUGAAGAAGUGCCAAAGGCUCCAAUUUCUGAGCCAGAGGCAGCUGAUUCAGGUGACCAGGUGGAUGGGUCAAACUCAGCCCAGGAUCCAAAGCCUCCAGAGCCGGAAGAGGUCAAUUCUGAGGAUCUGAAGAACAACACCCAGCUGUGGCUUGGCAAGGACUACAGCAACUUCAUCAAGAGAGACUGGGUCCAACUGGACCGCCCAUUUGAAGACAACAUUGACCGCACUGAGGUGCCCCGUAUGCCGUGGCGUGACCUGUCUGCUGCCCUCCAUGGCAAAGCUGCCAGGGACGUGGCCCGCCACUUCAUCCAGCGCUGGAACUUUGCCAAGAUCUUUAAGUACAAGAACAUUAGAAGCACGUUUUUCCCCUGCCUUCUGCCCAAGUCUCACAGUACUGCUGAUGCACUGCCAUUCACUGUGCCUGGCUCUGGGAAGGCCUCCGUGCAGGUGUUGCGUUCUGUGGAUCGCUGGUCAGCUGGAACUUGUGACAACUCUAUCCUCAAUGCCUACAUCCAUACCAUCGAGAACAGUGAACACUACAUCUACAUCGAGAACCAGUUCUUCAUCAGCUGUGCUGAUGGGAAGAACGUGCACAAUGGCAUCGGUGACGCAAUCGUGAAGAGGAUACUACGUGCACACAGUGAGCAGAAGAAGUACAGGGUGUUUGUGGUGGUGCCCCUGCUUCCUGGGUUUGAAGGAGACAUCAGCGAGGGGGGUGGGAAAGCCAUCCAGGCCAUAUUACACUUCACCUACAGGACCAUGUGCCGUGGAGAGUACUCCAUACUGAUGAGACUGAGAGAACUUGAGGACCAGUGGAGCGAGUACAUCACCCUGUGUGGCCUGCGCACACACUCCCAGCUCUCACAGUCCCUGGUCACAGAGCUCAUCUACGUACACAGUAAGACCCUCAUAGCUGAUGACCGCCGCUACAUCAUCGGCUCAGCUAACAUCAAUGACCGCAGUAUGCUGGGAAGCCGGGACAGUGAGCUGGCUGUGCUGGUGGAGGAUGAGGAGAGGAUCCCCUCCAUUAUGGGGGGAGAGGAGUACCAGGCUGGACCCCUCACUCUGGCCCUGCGCAAAGAGUGUUUCAGGGUGCUUUUAGGAGCCGAUUCUGAACCCCAGAUCGACAUCGAUGACCCGAUCAGUGACCAGUUCUUCUUUGUGGGGUGGAACACGACGGCAAAACUGAAUGCUAAGAUUUAUGACAAGGUCUUCCGCUGCCUCCCGUGCAACUCUGUCCACAACAUGAGGGAGCUGAAGGAGCAUUCAGGCCUGGAACGCCUGUGUGACACAUACCCCCAGCAGGCUAAAGAGGAGCUGGAGGCCGUCAGGGGGCUACUGGUCCACUUCCCCCUCAACUUCCUGUCUGAGGAGAAUCUGCUCCCCCCACUGGGCAGCAUGGAGGGCAUGGCUCCAACAGAACUCUGGACAUAAGAGUACCAGGCUACCAGCCACAKGGACCAAGAUGACACUGGAAAAGCCCAGUCUAGCAGGAGAGAGCUUUAUAGAUUUGUAUCGCAUUGACCAGAUUCCACUCCAUUGGAAAUCAAAAGAUUGGAACAAAAUGUAUACUCAACUCACCUAGCUAAAAAACACUAACUGAUGUGUCUUUGAAGAAUGCAAAUAAAUGCAAGGCAUUUAAGAUGUUUACAUAGAUGAUACAGAGUGAAUUUGAACUCUUUGUUAAAAUGGAAGAAUAAAAAAUUCAACACUAGAUGGUAAUGUAUACUAAUGCAUUAUGAGCCUUGUAUGUGCUCCAAGUGACUUUGAGACAUAGGUAUUUGAAGGAUUACCACUCUUGUAAUGUUAAAAGUAAAUUUUUAUGAUGUUGGAUCAUUGCUAUACUCAACUGACCAAAUUUGUUUGUUGAUAUAAUACUGAACCUGAGUAUUUCUUUUUUCGAAGGGCUUAGGCAUGGGUGUGCCAUUAUAGAACACAACAGGAACAGGAUGCCACUGUAUGAUAGGCAGGGGGAGGAAUGGAGAUCAGAAGUCAAGAGUCUCAGAUGAUUGAAGAACAUAGCGUACAUGUAUUGUUGCAAGGUUGUGGGUGGAUAGCUCUCCUCUCUCUCUCACUGCCUCUUUCUCUCUCUGCCUCUCUCUCUCUCUGCCUCUCUGUCUCUCUGCCUCUC